ACUCAAUUAUUCUCCCAACUUUACAGUUAAUCUUUCCAUCAUCAAUUUCGGCUUUGUGCUUGUGGGCGUGCCUUAAAUUUAUGUUUCUUGAACUGUUUCCCCAUUAUAAAUCAGUGUCGAUCUUUUUUGCUGUCUUGGGGAAAAUAAUUGAUGGGUUUUUUAUGUUGGAGUAUAAUAUAUUGAUUGUGCUGUGAGAUUUCUAAUUGCUUUGGGUUGAAAUAUAUUAGGGCACUAAUUUAUAUCUGGUUAUUUAUUUGUCUUGUGUUGAAUUCUUGAAAAUGGAUCCGAAUCUGGUAGGAGAUGAUGAUGUGAAGCACCAUUCUGAUGUUGGGGAUGUUAGUUCCCCGGGAUCUCAAGAAAUCGAGAAAAUCGAGGUUGGUGAUCGAGAGGCAAACAAAGAAGCAGGGGAGGGUAUAAUUGUAAUUCAGAGGGAAAUCAAGAAUGGGAAUGAAUCGGAUGGUGGUUCAUCUGAGAGCUCGAGUAGCAGUAGCAGCAGUAGCGGUUCGGAUGACGAGUCCCACGGUGUAAAGGGUAGUGAAGAUGUAGCGGAUACUAGCCCGGUUGAUUCGGUGCAGGUCACUGAUGAGGAGAUUAUUUACAGCACUGCCAUCGAAGAUUCGUGUGAUUCGGUUGAGGAGAUUAUCACGGUGAAUGUUGAAACGGUGGAGGAGAAGGAAGUGGUAGUGAGUACAGAUUCUCCAGCCGUUGACUAUGCGCCACCUCGUGUAGUUGAACCUGUGUUGAACGAAGAAAACGAGGAGAAGCAGGGGAGUUGUUCUGUUGGAGGCGAAGUCGGGUUUCUAGAAGCUUCGGUUGAUGCUAUUAUUGCGUCUGUCGAAGGUGAAGCUCGAAUAUUGGAAGCUUCUAAUGAUGCUGUUAAGCCCGCUGAUACAUUUGUCGACACUGUUAUCUCGAUUCCUGAGACAAAGGAAUGUGUUGUAGCACAAGAAACUGAAGAUAACGCUGCGGGCAUCGAAAUAAGUUCCGGAGUUACCGAGCCAUUGCUAGCGCGGGCCCCACGUCCAGUCGAGGCGACGUCUUGGAAGAGUUGCUGUGGACUGUUUGAUCUGUUUUCAGGGUCUGGUAGAUAAUUCAAGAAACGGAGCAAUGUGCCUUGUUCGUACAAAAGCUGGAAAAAGAGUCGUUUGCGAAUCGUUCUUCUUUUACAUUCAAAUUCCGAAGAAUAAUUUCGCGGCGGUAUUUUGUCGGUUUCUAUGUAGAAAGCAGCUAAGAGCUAGUUCCUACAAUACUUUUGCGUUUUCUCGUUCAUUUUGAUUUUGCAGUCGAUAGAUUGGCUUUCGUUUUGAGUGUGAUACAACUAUUUCUUACGUACGUAUUUUCGUAUCUUUUCUUUUUGCAAAUUCUAUAUAUGUUUGUUUUGAACUAUAUGUAGCUCUCGUUUGAUUAAUGAUUGGUUCGUUGG